AUGGCAAGACUCACUGACGAUGCCAGCGAAACGUCUGGGAAUGCACUGCGUCCACGACAUAAUGGAAACAUCUUGCUAGAUAAUGUGGGCCACGUGGUUCACAUUGACUUUGGCUUUAUGCUCUCGGCGUCGCCUGGCAAGAAUUUGGGCUUCGAGACAAGCCCAUUUAAGCUGACGGAAGAGCAGGUGGCUGUGAUGGGGGGGGCGGAUAGUUGCAUGUUUCAAUACUACAAGCUACUCAUCCUUCACGGCCUUUUAGCAGCCAGGAAACACAUGGAGGAGGUAGAUGCUUCUUUUUUUCUAAAGAGAAAUGAAUAUUUGCUAUUCUUAGAGCCAUGGCCCACGAAAUACGAAACGACAAACCAUGAUUUAUCGCUUUUUAAUUACUACUACUACUACUACUAA